AUGCACAGGUCCACUAGCACCGAGAGCGGCGUAGAAGGGUGGCAGAAGACUAGUGUCGCAGAGUACAAUACGUCAUGGGUCCGUCGCGGCACUAACUUUUCCGAUUCCACCUUUGUUGGUUCAACAGCUAGCAGUGAAGAGAAUACCACACUCACUUGUGAUGAGGAUUCUUCUAUCGUCAGUGUGUUCGCCGGCACGUGCAAGGAAGAUACGCUUAUUAUUUUUGAUUGGGACGACACCAUCCUCCCCACCCGUUUCCUCACCGUUGAAUGUGGUUUGAGAGUUGACGGUCCAGGCCCAAACCCUGAGCUCCGGAAGACCCUAGAUGCCUACGCACAGCUGGCCAAUACUACCUUGCUCACAGCAAUGGAAUUAGGCAAUCUGCUUUUCUCAUUUUACUAUACGCAGUUGUUGAAGACUUUCGUCAGGUACCGUCAUCAUAAUUACUAA